AUGGACGUGUUACCACCCUCAGAGCCUGAGAAAUCAGCCAACUCUAGUAAUGUUGUUCUUGGCACGCGGUAUGGCCCACCACCCGCUGAUUAUCCCAUGGAAAAAGCUGGCCAGGGGCGACAAAUCUUCCGGUUCAGUGCGUGCUUGUUUUGGUGUAUUCUUGCGGUCAGUCUGUAUACAAUAGCCACAUUGUUCGUCCUAAUCUGGGCAUUCCGAGGACCACAACUUCCGAAUCACCAACGCGUCUUCCGUACUGGGAACCUCAAAGUCAAUCAAUUUUUCUCCGGCAUGGCCUUGUCUGCGUUAUUGACACCUGCUGCCAUCUUGUCUCGGAAACUUAGUUACGACUUCAUGUCCCUACAUCCGUUUGCUAUUGCUGCAAGAAGGCCUGUGAGGAUUGGUGACCUAGACCGGAUGGUUGAUUUUCAUGGUGUCCUUGUGCCCAUCGGCACCCUGAUGAUAACUACUGGCACUUAUGCACCGCCGACACCAGGCCAUGCCGUUAUAGGGAUUCCUACUUUCUCUGGCGGCAUAUAUACAUUGUCGCAUGCUGUAGCCUAUACAGGUGAAGGACCGCAUAAUCCUUCCUAUGGCCCAGAAGACCAGUUUCUGGCCAUGAUCGCCAACAAGCUCAGUGGUGACAUAAUGUCCCAAACUGGAUUCAUAUCUUCAGGUGGUAGAAACACCCACAUUCUUGGUCCCAUCUCAACUGCCAAUAUUACGUACAAAUCCGGAGUUGAAUAUAAGGGAAUCGUAACCUUCAAAUGGAAUCCAAAUUGCUCUCCAGCACGAGAGGAUAUAUCCUAUCAUAGGGGGAACAACUCCGUCACCUAUUUUACGUUUCCGAAUGGCACGGUCCUACCAGACGACACCGCCGAGAAUGGGCCGGUACCGGAUCUGAAUAUCUUCUUCUGGAGCAAUGCGUCUAGCUACACUAGUUCAGGCAUUCCUCUCGGAGGUACGACUUUCUUCGCUCUAAAUUCAAAUAAGCAAGCCAACAGUGCCAUCACCAUCAAGCCUACUCCUGAGAACGGCCUUGAUCUUGACGGAGAUACUUGGAUAUCAAGAGUGAAGUGCACGCCAAUUCUAAAAUGGCAAAUAAGCAGCUGUACAUUCAACGAAACUGUUUUCCAGAACUGUACUGAGACGCCGAACAGCAAUACUACAGCCCUAGAUGUAGUGGGCCUGGAUGCAUUGGAGGGGUAUAUGACUGCUGUUCCUUGGUCCUUGUAUAACGCUUACGACAUGUUCACCGGCAUGACACUCUCACAGCUCUACAAUGCCCUCAGCAUCGACCAGUACGAAAGCAUUCUCUCGUCACUCGCUACCGGAAUUGUUGCAAUAGCUUCAGCAGGAUACUUCGGCACAGCGACCGUGCCUACGGUUGGAGAGCCUCCAAGAGAUGUCUAUAUCGCACGUUUGCCCAUUGUAGCAAUUAUACUGGUCAUCUUGAUCUCUGUUGUAGUAAGCACAUGGGCAGAGAUCACAUACUGCCGAUAUUACGGGUUGCCGUUUCGCCGUACAACAUUCCUGACCAUUGCAAAUGCUGUCAGAGGUCAAUGGUGGGAUGAAGAAUUGCAUGGUGGUUGCGUGUUACGGGAUAAACAGUUAAGGAGAGGUGGAAAGACCGUGGUGCAGUUUGGAGUUGAUGCGGCGAAUGUGACGCAUGUCGGUCUGGCACCUCAAGUCUUCCCUAUCCAGAGAGAGAAGACGUACUAUGGUGUUGGGGUGAAAUCCGAUGAUACGUUGGAUGACUAG